AUGGAGGAGCUGAAGGAUCGCCCUGGUCCGUCGUAUAAGUCGAAGAAAGUCCUUUAUUUAUGUUUCGGCGAGUAUUUUCCGGGCACUUGGGUUUAUUACUCUAUUCACGCCUUUAAUUUGGAGAAAAAUUGCCAUAUACUUCCGUUGGCAGAAUCCAUUGAAGUGGCUAAAACAAUGAGGUAUGUUCCCGUAAUUAUGGGUUCUGGUGUCUACGGCUCCAUGAUCGUUUUGGCAGGCGGCAUUAGACCGGGAUUCGAUGGAUUAGCCAAUUUCAUACCACGUCCGUGUAGCGAAGUUUAUGCGUUUGACACUGCGAUUAUGAAUUCACAUCUACCCGUUAUGAUACAGCGCCAUGGUCUCCUUCAACACGGGAAGACUAAACCCCUCGUGGUAGAGCACAAGGACAAUUUAUAUGUUCUCUCCCUGUUAACAGCUGAGGGGUUCGAGAUGUUCGACCCAAAAUAUGACACAUGGGUGACUUUGCCCGAGCCCCCAUUUUUCCACAGACGCUACCUUGGACGCCACACCAAUUGUGUUGUUGUAGGCAGUAAUAUCUUUGUGUCAUGUUUGUCUAGUAUCUACCGCUUUGACAUGGCUGACACCAGCCAAAUAUGGAAAGAGCACUCUUUUACCAACUGCACUGCAUUACCAUACAGAUGGAAUGAGAAAAGUUUAGCUCUGGAAAUGAGUGACGGGGAUUGGUUGAUUUUCACAUGUUUCCCAGAAUUGAGUUAUGACCCUGAUGAAAUCAAAGACAACCCUUGCUGCGACGAUUACGACUGCAACAACUCUAUUGUGGAUGAUUAUCCUCCUUAUCGUCAUCAGCUUGAUCUUCAUUUUGAAUGGCAUGGCACAUCUUUGCCUGCCUAUAUCAUGUCAAAGGACUUUACAUCACUCACACCUAUUCAACCUCUGCGCUUGCCUGAUGAUCUGUUACCUACUCAACCAGGCUGUGAAAGGUUGCGUGAUCUGUAUACGGCUAAACCCCGUGAAAUAGAUUAUAGGAUCGUCCAUCUAGGAGGUCAAGAGAUAUGUCUUGUAUUGUCUGUCGACACUGGAUUUGAGCGCAAUGGUGGAGUUUUGAGGAAGAUGCCGAUUUUUGUGACAAGUUUCGAAUUUCAACUUUCAGACAGUAAAGACUUGUUAACCAUCAAAAAGGGGUCUUCUAGUGUUCAAUGUUUUGAACUUGGUGCCAGCGUUUCAAAUGCAACUAAAUUAUCCAUGUGUGGUGCCUUUUGGCUGUAA